AUGAAUGUCCCCGAAGACGACGUGAAUGACAAUAGCGUUAGCUUUCUGCGUACGCACAUGCCGUCCUCCCUCGAUUCAUCCCCAGGCCGUGUUCGAAGCCGCAGACACCAGCUACAGCCAUUGGAAGAUGAGUUGAAUAGUAAUAUGGAUCCAAGUUAUCAUCCAAGGCCGCCUGCGGCCGUUGGUGUAAGCAGUCGCAUUCCCAUUGUUCGGCCCCAACGAGACGUCUUUAACGGUGCUGCCAACUACGAAACCCGCUCUCGCUCGUCAACUUCUAUAUAUGCCUGGGCGCAAGGAUCGGAUUACGAAGCUGAGGAAGAUCCCAGUGUAGACCCUCCUGAUCCAAUCCAGGAUAGGUGGGACGGUAGGCUACAAAGGGCUAGACGUACAUCUUCGAGAUCUCCGGGACAAAGGCGGGAAGGUUCGACUAGAUCUCCCCGUCUAUGGACCGCAAAUCCAGAUGGAGAAUUGGGCGAGCCGUCGCGAUAUGGUCGGAGUGAUCUGGCUACGGCUACGUUGCUUCAAUCUGUUCGGCACCACCCGCGAUUCUCUUCCCGAACCCGUGCUUUACAGACCUUUAUACUUGACCGCGAACGUAGUGGCCAUGUCUCAGAAGAAAGAGAGUGGCAACCCCCGGUUACUGCUCCCACCAUGAAUACUAGCUUAUCCACACUGCCUCCCAGCAGUCAUUCCGCUGUAAAUCGUGGCGAUAUACCCAGAACCAUUAGUGCCUCUGAGCUUCGAGAUGCAUAUUCUGAAGACCGACCGGUUGACCGUCUCGAAGAAACGAUAAAAUAUCUAGACAGGAUUCGAUUCUCCAACUCAUACAAUGAGCGUGUGCAGGUUACCACUGCAGGCAAUUUCGUUCAAUAUGAAUAUCUGCGUCGCAACGAGGAUGACUUCAUCCUUGACACUUGUUCGAUAGUCGGACCUUCAGACUCUUCAUGGUUACGGCCAGGGAUGGUAUUUGAAGGCUCACAGCAUGCUACAAAUCAGUGUGACCGCUUAGGCAUAAAUCCCCAUCAGAGACCUAGGUCCCAUCAAGACCUGGAUCCUGUUAUUGUUAGUGGAGGCGAACUUGGUCGACGUAAUGUACACACAAGUUCAGAAGGCCGCAGUUCCGGCUUGGAUGGCUUGUACGAGUUCGGAAACGGCGAUUCCACUGGUGCGUCGAGUCAUAUCAACAGCAGCAGCAGCAGCCAUGAACAUUGGCCGGUCAAGGUGACGAUACAUCAUGUUGAUUAUAAUACGAUGACACUGUCUGGAACAAUGGAGGCAUAUAAUAUUCCCGAUAAAACUUCGAACAGCCAAGGGACUCACAUUACCACUUUUCUGGAGGGCGAAAUCAUCGAUUUCAACACGCAUUCACUGGAGACGAAGAAUUUUAAAGCAAAUGUAGAGGUCGAUAGCCGAUACUGGCGCGAGUUGGAACCAUUCAAGUACCUGUCUUACAUCGAGAUUGUGAAGAACCUUGUGAGCAAGAAAUGGGUGACGGAGAAGUUGGCUAAGGGAUGGAUAUUAAUGCGUUGGAAAGAACGUUGCUUCAUUACCCCAUCUCACUCGCGCCAAGGUCUCACGAUAUCUGGCUUCUACUACAUCUCCAUCCGUCGUUCGGACGGCCACAUCGAAGGGAUGUACUAUGACCCAGGUAGCUCGCCGUACCAGCACCUCUCCCUCGACCCGCAAACGAGGCAUAGGAUGAUCUUCCCUGCCUAUGGUUUCCGUUAA